CAAGGCGGCGCUGCGAGACGUUAUGCGUCGGUUCUGACACGCCCUUGGCACACAGAAGAAGAGAGCCAGUAUUUACACUCGCGUGUAGUCAAUAACCAUUCAUAUGCGAUUUUUGGUCAACGGGCAAGCAAACAAACAUGGAUCUUUUAAUUAGCAGUUCGAGCUCCAGCAGCAGUUCGAGCUCCAGCAGCAGCUCGAGCUCCAGCGAUAGUGAUGAAGAAGUUAUUCUUCUUCUGUUGAAUAAGGAAAGACGAGUGAAAAGACGCAAAUAUUGGGUACAUCCAAUCGUUGCGAGAAGAGAAGAACACGGGGAGUUCUACCGACUGAUACAAGAGUUAAAAAUGUAUCAUGAUCGUUUCCGGGAGUAUUUUCGAAUGUCCGUGGGUGAGUUCGAAACUUUACUCCAACAACUAGCGCCCUCGUUGACAAAGGAACAAACACACUACCGUAAACCUGUCGACCCAGAACAGCGGUUAUCCGUGUGUCUACGUUUUCUAAGCACCGGUGACUCGUACCGCACCAUUGCAUCCAGCUUUCGACUAGGCGUGUCCACAGUUGCUUUAAUAGUGAGUGAGACCUGUGAUGCAAUUUGGCAUUGCCUAAAAGAUGAACAUUUGCCAGUGCCAACUGAAGAGAUAUGGAGGAAUACAGCCAGGAGGUUCCAUGAUAGAUGGAAUUUCCCUAAUUGUUUGGGGGCUAUGGAUGGAAAACACAUUUUAAUCCAGGCCCCUUCAAACUCUGGUUCUCUGUACUUUAAUUAUAAAGGUACGUUCUCAAUUGUACUGCUGGCCCUAGUUGAUGCAGAUUACCGCUUCCUGGUGGUUGAUGUGGGGAGCUAUGGCAGCAACAGUGAUGGAGGCAUCUUUGCCAAUUCUGUGAUGGGAAAGGCACUCAGAGAUGGAACUUUGAAUGUUCCACCGCCAUGUGAACUUCCAGGUGCGCCAGAGCUGGGCAAAGUUAAGCACGUCAUUGUGGCGGAUGAAGCUUUCCCCCUAAAACCGUAUCUCCUCCGGCCAUAUCCUGGACGCCGCCUCACAACAGACAAGAGAAUUUUCAAUUAUCGUUUGUCUCGGGCACGUCGCAUCUCUGAAAAUGCCUUUGGAAUCCUCAGCCAACGCUUUCGAGUUUUCAGAAGAACUUUACAGGUUCAACCAGCUGUUGUUGACAAAAUAGUCAAAGCUGCUUGUGCAUUGUGCAACUACUUACGCCCAAAAGGAAAUGACCAGGAUAAUGCCACAGAAGAAGACAAUGAUUUUGAAGAAACACUACAAGGUUUUGAACAUUGUAGGGGGCAGCGGGCAUCUGUGGAGGCACAAGCUAUCAGAGAACUGUACAAAGACUAUUUUAACUCACCAGCAGGAGAAGUUGCUUGGCAGUAUGACCAUGUGAAUCAUGGUCUGGAGAACAGAUAAAAUCCAGCUGUAAAUGUGUGCUAUAGUCAUGAAGUCCCAUUUUGAAAACUGCUUAUGUGUGCAUAUAUAUAUUUGGAUUUUCUUGAUCUAUUCACAAACAAC